AUGACGACGGCUUUUGGGUUCACGGAUGCAGCUACCACCGGAGCUACGACCCCAACAACGACUCGUAUCCCGCUCACUGGAGCUGCUGGGUACCCAUAUCCGCCGGGGAGCAAGAAUCUCAAGAUCGGGUUUAUUGCAACCGAGACCUCAUCCCGCGACAUUGGAUUAUCGACCUGUGGCGGAGCGGUGCCGUUCGCGAUGGACUACAUUGUCCAAAAUCAGCUGCUGAAUGACUACACUUUUGAGUUCGUGGUGAACUACACAGACUGUGAUGAGCAAUCCGCGGCCGGGAUUACGGUGGAGAUGAUCACCGACCAUGACGUUGAUGUCAUUAUCGGACCGCCUUGUACCAGCUGUCGAAUGGGCUACGGCUUACUCGCCUUCAUGAACCUCUAUGGCUGGGGCCAAUUUGGCAUCAUGUACGUCGACGACCCGAGCGGAUUCUGUGAUUCGUUACUCACUGACACAGCCGCCUCGAAUCUCGACACCAACUUCACGCUCACCUACCAGGUGAAACUCGCCUCGAUCUCGUACUCGGAUCUGAAGGCCGGGUUGACGAAGAUGAAGGCAAAGGCUAGAAUCAUCGUGAUGUGCCUCGAAGGCGUCACGAAGCGUCAGAUGCUUCUGGCAGCCUAUGACAAUAAUAUGACUACCCCCGACUACGUCUACAUCAUGAUGACGAUGAGGGGAACAGGGUUCGGUGUCCAAGCAACGUCCAAUUACACGACUGAAGUCUUGGACAACGGGUUCACCCCGAUCUGGGUCGACGUCAGCAACCAGCCACCGGAUGGCCGAGACGAUCAAGCGAAACAGGCGGCGACCAGGCUUUUGGUGAUCGACACCGCCAGCCUGGUCGCCAUCGGGACAGACCCGUUAACAUUCAAGCAAGAAGUGUUUAGUAGGGUAAAAGGAUGGCCAUUCUUCUGCGACACUAUGCAAUGCCAGCUUUUGUAUAAUGUGACGGGAGCGGGCAACUUCAUCUCCUAUCUCUACGAUGCCUUUCUAUUUUAUGCGUAUGCAAUGAACGCUACCCUGGCUCAGGAUCCGGUUGGCGGGCUGAGGAAUUGGACCCUAUUCAAUGAGCUGAAACUCGGGGUCGAAUUUACCGGCUGGUCCGGUGUGGUGGCGAUGACCCAAAACGGGAGCCGAAUUCCGCGGUUCUUCGUCACCGGAAUAGACGGGACCGGGACUCCGGUCAAUUUUGUGAAUUUGACCUAUGCGUUUGAUGGGGAGUUGAUGGACGCUACUGUACUUUAUGAUGACGCUGCCACUUCAAUAUGGGCAACCAGAAAUGGGAUUCAACCUGCUGAUGAGCCGACUUGCGGCUUUUCCGGAAAAGCCUGCCCGAUAUCCAUGUGGGCCCAAAGUGGCGGUUAUAUCAUUGCAGCCAUUGUAGUGGCUGUAUUACUUGUCAUAAUAUUGAUUUUAAUCGCCAUCUACGCUGUACGGGAAAAACGACGAGAAAUCGAGCGUCUCAAUGCCGAGUGGCGCGUAAACGAGACGUCUUUACAGAAACCGCGAAGCCGGAACGAAGCUCAAAGCAUGCACUCGAUCCACUCAUCAAAGUCUUCGAUUUCCGGCGCCGGCUCGAAAUUCUCCUUUGGCAGCAAGCACAGCGACACGGACAAAAUGAACUACUACCUCCUGGACGGGGAGCCGAACAUGGCCUUCAAGCACAAGGUGGUCAGCAAGCUGUCGCCGACGGAUCACCAAGAGUUGAGAAUGCUCCGAAAGCUGGAACACGACAAUUUGCAUCGCUUCUUGGGGCUUUGUGAGCACGCUAGUCCGAUUUUAACUAUCUGGAGGCUGGCCUCGAGAGGAAGCCUGGAACAAGUCCUCGUCGGCAGUAGCAUGACGAUCGAUGGAUUCUUCAUGUACUCGCUUGUUCGAGAUCUCGUCGAAGGAUUGGUCUACAUUCUGAAGUCACCUCUUAAAAUGCAUGGCCAUUUAUCCUCCACAAAUUGCUACAUUGACGAUCGGUGGCAGUUGAAAGUUGGUGGAUAUGGGCUGAGCUUCAUCCGAAGUCAUGAGCAGACGUCAAGGAAGGAACAGCUUUGGUUUGCCCCUGAAAAGUUGCGAGAGCCCCUGAUACACUGGGAUGAGGCGAUCGACGUCUAUUCGUUUGCUAUCAUUUGUUCGGAGAUUAUAAGCAGAAAAACCGCAUUCGAUAUGGAGAACCGGAGGGAGAAAAUUGAGGAGGUGCUGUACAUGGUGAAAAAGGGCGGUUCGGUCCCGCUGCGACCUGAGCUGAUUGUUUCACAUGAUGCCGAUGUGAAUCCGGCUUUGCUUCAUCUAAUCCGUGACUGCUGGACCGAAGAGCCGAAUAAUCGGCCGAAUUUUGCUACUAUCAAAACGCUGUUGUUGGCUAUGGGCGCGGACCGGAAACAAAACCUGAUGGACCACGUCUUCAAUAUUUUGGAGAGUUACGCAGAGACGCUGGAAAAGGAGGUCCAAGACCGAACCGGGGAGCUGACAGAAGAGAAGAAGAAGAGUGACAUUUUGUUGUAUAGGAUGCUGCCAAAACAAGUAGCAGAUCGUCUAAAACUUGGCCAAACUGUUGAACCGGAGACGUACGACAGCGUCACGAUCUUCUUUUCCGACGUCGUGAAAUUUACGAAUUUAGCAGCAAAAUGCACGCCGUUACAAAUCGUCAACCUCCUAAACGACCUCUACUCCACGUUCGAUCAGAUCAUCGAGGAGCAUGGGGUUUAUAAGGGUAAAGGCGUAAUGUCGACCUACUGGUUGCUUGGUCGGGCUGACGACCCGAACUUGGCGCGCAACACCGAGCGGCUGAGGAUGCAGACGAGCGAUGAGAUCCCAUCGCGACCCGUUGAGACCACCGCUCCUCCAGACCCGCUACAACGACAGCCCACCGAAGCCAGCGAAGGCCCAAUGACAAUGGCAGAAUUUGCUCGCCGCCCCACUGACCCAAUGUUGGAAGACCUGGACGACGAGCCGUUGGGCAUCUACCGGAAACAUCUCAAACACAUGCCGUCCACCAGAAAGAGCAGCAUCGAAGAGAUCCCGAACGCUCAAUAU